GGCCGCACUGGACGAGUACACCAAACAGUACGACAUCGAGAGCAGACCGAGAGCGACAGCGGCUCGUCGACAGCGCCCGCUACCUGGAGGGACUGCGGCAGCAAUUUGUGGAGAAGGACCUUCAGAAGGAGAGCGAGUUCCAAAAGUUCCUCAAGGAGAAGGCUGUCAUUGAUGAGGUCGUGCGGCAGAUUGAAGAGGAGGACAAGCGGAUGGUGCGGGAGCGAGCCGAACGGAUGGCCAAGCUGAAGCAGCAGAUGGAGGAGGAGCUGGCCAGCCGGCAGCGUCAGCGGGAGGAGCUGAAGAUGCACGACGCAGCGCAGGACAAACUGUCUGCCGACUACGCUGCCGAGAUGGAGCGCCGAGACGCGGCCAUCGAGUCGGCCCGCCAGGAGCGUCUGGCUGAGCUGCGCCGGCUACAGGAGCGGAUGGCGGAGCAGAUGAGCAGCCGCCAGCGACUCGAGGAGGAGGAGCGGCUCCUGCGCGAGCAGCUGGAGGUGGAGCAGCGGCGGGCCGCCGCCGAGGAGGCCGAGCGUCAGGAGGUGGAGCGCCAGCUGUGCAGGAUGCAGGAGCAGCGGCGAACCAUCGAGCUGCAACUGCAGGAGAAGGAGCAGCAGCGCAGGGACGAGAUGCUGCAGCGCGAGGCCAUGCACAGAACGAUGAUGGAGAAGCUGGCGGAGGAGGAGCGUCUGGAGCUGCUGACUCUCGCGGCACGCCGCCGGCGAGAGCUCGACCACCGCCGCCAGGUGGAGGAGAUGAUGGCAGAAAACCGGCGACGUCGCGACCAGGAGAUCGCGCAACUCUGCAGCGAGAAGCGCGAGCUGGAGAGACAGGAACAGGAGCGGCUGCGCAAGGUGGAGCAGGAGCGCAGGAGGCUCCUGGAGCAGCACGCAGUCAAACUGGCUGAGUUCCUACCCAAAGGCGUGUUCCGGGACCGAAAGGAGCUGGAGGAGCUGGGAGCCCACUCCGAGGCCGUGGAACACCUUCAGGAGACGGAGAAGGAGGCCAACUAUGUCAAUAUCUGCUAGACGUCGCCGGCCGCGGAGAGCGUUCACCUCCGCGGCCGCCGAGAGCGUGGUCUCACUGCCAGAAUUGUGCGAGAGAUGCGAUCACGAACACCGACCUCCCUACUCAGUGGGUCUGUGUCAGGCGCUAUAGACCGAGACGUGCGACAGUGGCGACGGUGGAACCCAGAACACGAGACUGUGAUGCAAAUGGAUCUCAAACUUGAUGCGAAUGGAUCUCAAACUAGUACAGACUGCAUGAUUUGAAGGCAUUACGCCGUGGCAUUGCCGAACAUGACACAGCAACUGCCGUGAUGCCGAUGCUGAGUCGUAAAUUUUUGGUGUUUGUUGUGUGUUAACUUCACACAAAGUAACUGAGCCGUCCAGUCUGUGUCCUUAGCUCGUCCUUGGACCUUGUCAUUAGUGUUGAGUACCAGCUGAAAAAUGCAGUUGAAAUCAAUAGUACGUCAUGCUGCCAGUGCAAUACAUACUGUCAGUAUUA